GUGGCAGCUCGCUACAUGGACGUCAAGGGGAAGAAGGGGCCCGUGGGAAUGCCCAAGGAGGCCACCUGCGACCGCUUCAUGUGCGUCCAGCAAGGCUCAGAGUGUGACAUCUGGGAUGGGCAGCCUGUCUGCAAGUGCAAGGACAGGUGUGAGAAGGAACCGAGCUUCACCUGUGCCUCUGACGGCCUCACCUACUACAACAAGUGCUACAUGGAUGCAGAGGCUUGCAUCAAAGGCAUCACACUGACCGUGGUCACCUGUAGGUACCAUCUGACCUGGCCAAACACCAGCCCUAUCCCACCAGAAACCACAGCUCGCCCUGCUACUACCUAUUCUGAGACAACAGUGGUGGAUGUCCUGCCGCCUGUCCUGGUGAACAACCCCGUGCACCAGUCUGUCCACGUGGGAGAGACCGUCAGCUUCCUCUGCGAUGUGGCAGGGCGGCCCAAGCCCGAGAUCACGUGGGAGAAGCAGGCCGAUGGGAAGGACAAGGUCAUAAUGAAGCCAAACCACGUCAGAGGGAACGUCGUGGUCACCAACAUCGCCCAGCUGGUCAUCUACAACACCCAGCUCCAAGACACAGGCAUCUACACCUGCACCGCCAGGAACAGCGGGGGCCUCCUCCGGGCUGACUUCCCUUUGUCAGUCACCAAAGGGGAGCCCACGCCCAGCGAAGAGGCCCAAAACAAAACGCAUUUUCCCACCGACGAGUGCCUGAAGCAGCCAGACAGUGAGGACUGUGGGGAAGAGCAGACCAGGUGGUACUACGACGCAAAGAAGAACAACUGCUUCACCUUCAUCUAUGGCAACUGCAACAGCAACCUCAACCACUUUGAAAGCUACGAGCUGUGCAUGCUAACCUGCAUGAACGGCCCCGUCAACAUCUGCAACCUGCCGGCCCUCCAGGGGCACUGCAAGGCCUACGAGCCCAGGUGGGCCUACAACAGCUUGACCAAACAGUGCCAGUCCUUCAUUUAUGGUGGAUGUGGAGGCAACGAGAAUAACUUUGAGAGCAGGGAGGCCUGUGAAGAGAUGUGCCCUUUCCCGAAGAACACGCACUGCAAGGCCUGCAAACCGCGCCAGAAGCUGGUGACCAGCUUCUGCAAGAGUGACUUUGUCAUCCUGGGCCGGAUCACGGAGCUGACCGAAGACCAAGACUCAGGACAUGCCCUGGUGAUGGUGGAGGAGAUCCUCAAAGAUGAAAAAAUGGGAUUAAAAUUCCUGGGGAGGGAACCACUGGAAAUCACGCUCUUGAACAUGGACUGGAGCUGCCCUUGCCCCAACAUGACCACGGUGGAUGGGCAGCUCAUUGUCAUGGGCGACGUCCACAACGGCAUGGCUGUCCUGCAGCCAGACAGCUUUGUGGGGGCCUCCAGCAUCCGGCGCGUGCGGAAACUCCGUGAAGUCAUCCACAAGAAAACCUGUGAGCUUCUGAAAGAGUUCCUGGGGCUGCAUUAG